UGCUGGUCCAGUCAGCAGCAAUCCGUGUGAUGAGACUCGACAGUAAUCUGCAGUGAUACCGAGUCAGAACCGGGACAGCACAGAGCCCAACUGCACCAUAACGCGCAUUUCAGUGCACUCCAAGCAAUAAUAUCUUUAUGCCAUCUCAACAUAAAUCGCAUCCUUUCAUGACGAUGAUCUUUUGGCUGGCAACCAUUCCCUGCACAUUACUGUUCCUUUCACCCCCUGCGGCCACCUACCCAGCUGACUCAGAGAAAGGACGGAGGAGAGUGGUUCAUGUAAUGGAGGAUGAAACAGGGGCAGUCAUAGUCCAGACUGCUCCAGGUAAGGUGGUCACUCAUCGUGGUGGCACUAUCACCCUUCCCUGCCGAUUCCACCAUGAACCAGAGGACAUCGAUCCUUUCCGCAUCCGCAUCAAGUGGACGAAGGUUUCAGACGCUUUCCAGUUCGAAGAUGUGUUUGUUGCAUUGGGCCGACAACAGAAGGCAUUUGGGUCCUAUCGUGGCCGUGUGACUCUGGAGCUGGCUGGACCAGGAGACGCCUCAGUUAUAAUUCACAAUGUCACCUUGCAAGACUAUGGUCGCUAUGAGUGCGAAGUCACCAAUGAUAUGGAGGAUGACACGGGAUUUGUCAAUCUAGACCUUGAAGGUGUGGUAUUUCCAUAUUACCCACCAUCUGGACGCUACAAGCUGAACUACCAUGAAGCUGAGGAAGUCUGCAGGAAGCAGGAUGCUAUUCUUGCCUCCCAUGCACAGCUGCACAAGGCCUGGCUUGAGGGGCUGGACUGGUGCAAUGCUGGCUGGUUAGAGGAUGGCUCAGUGCAGUACCCCAUCUCCAAUCCUCGAGAUGAGUGUGGCCGCAAGGACAGCCCCCCUGGUGUCCGCAACUAUGGCUACAGGCACAAAGAUGAUGAACGCUAUGAUGCAUUUUGCUUUACCUCGAACCUUAAUGGACGCGUUUACUUCCUCAAACGAUUUAAGAAGGUGAACUACCUGGAGGCUGUAAAGGCUUGUCAGCGGGAUGGCACAGUAAUAGCCAAGGUUGGACAACUAUACGCUGCCUGGAAGAUCCAGCUCAUGGACCGAUGUGAGGCAGGGUGGGUGGAGGACGGCAGCAUCCGUUACCCCAUCGUCAACCCUCGGACCCGCUGUGGGGGCCCAGAGCCCGGUGUCCGAAACCUCGGUUUCCCUGAUAAGAAGUUCCGCCUGUAUGGGGUCUACUGCUUCCGCAAGAACACCGAUCCCCUUGACGUCAAUCCAACGCAGCCUCCUCAAGAAACAACAUUCAAACCGACCAACAGCACCAGAAAUAUCUGAGCAAAGCAAAAUACCAGUGCUUUGUUACUAGCAUCAUGGCUUCCAUGUUUAGCCAAAAAUUAUUGACAGAUGAGGCUUUUUUGCACACCUGCUAGGCAACCAGGCAACUAGGCUAGUGCUGGCUGAACAUGUUCUUACUUGUGCUUGUUUAAUUUUUGUCUUUUGCUUGAAAUGAGGUGUCAAUCAUAUCUAAAUAGAAAAAGUCCACUACUUUUUCUCAGAUGUGUGUAUCUAGGGAAGAAUAUGUGACAGCUAAUUAGCGACAUUGUUUCUCGUUAUACCUAGCAUGAAGAGAACACAAAAAUUAGCCUUGGGUUUUUUUUUUAUUUUAUGCUUCGCUGUGUCCCAAGGAAUACAAACAUGUGGGAAGCAAUUAAAUUAGCACUAAGAACGUAGGAGAGAUAAUUUAGCCUCAAAUUUAAUGUAGCGCAUUAGGAAGAGCCCUUAAUGUCCUGAUGAUGAGAAAGUGAUAAAGGCUGAAAUUCACAUCAGGUGCUGGCAUGAAUCUGACUUGACUGGGCUUAGCUUGCUCAUUGAAAUAAACAGUUGUUGCCAUUUGAGCAAGUAGCAAAACUUGAGCUAUGCCAAUUACUAUGCAUAUGACACUAGGUCCUUGGCACAUUUUUAUAUAUUUUGAAUGACCUUGCAAGCAAUAACAGAAUUAUAAGCAUGACAUUUUUAGAUGUUUAAUACACAGACAAAGCUUAAAGUGAACUAUUCUUUUAAAAUAUUAUGAAUGUAUUACAUAAGCUGCUUUAAUACCUCUUAGUGGUCGACAAUUGCACUAUCCAUUCAAAAGUAAUAUUGCACAAUAUUGUCUAUGAUGAUGCAUUUUAAAGUAAAGUAAUUUACCUGUUUGUGUUUGCCUCUCAAUUCUCGAAAUGGCUCUUGAUGCGAGAAACUGAAUUGCUUGUGAACACAUAAGCUUGAUCUCUGACACAAAAUGGGAAGAAAAACCUGAUGUCGCUGGUAACCAUGGCGAUGUCUGAACAUGCCUCUAGCAAAUUGCACAUUUCUAUUUUUGUUUUCCUUGGGCUCAAGCUCCCGGUGAUGCUGCGCUUUGUGUCUACAGUCUACAUAAACACUUGAGAAAAUGUUUGUUGCUUUGCCAAAAUAACAUAAGUGACCCUCACAUUACCAUAGUAACAGCUGUAAUGAGGCCUUGUGAAUUUCAAAGGAAGAAACUGCUGAAAUGAGGCUGAAUAUACUCUGAUAGCUUUCAUUACAUGCUGCGCAUUUCUGGUUGCUUUUUUCAUCAUGAAGCACAUUCAAAUAGAAGAACAAAUUAAUUUGAGAGUCUAAUAAUUUUUUUUAAAUUCAGAAAAAAAACAAAAAAAAAACAGUAAUCAAUUAUAUAUAGUAAACGGUUAACAGACAUAUACAGUUAUUACGCAAAGUUUGAGUCACAGUGUUAUGUGUACAAGCAUGUAUGACUGCUUUCUUAAAAACACAAAUUGUGUUUUAAAGGUGCACUCAAUAACUUUUUAGUCAUGUCAUCUUGGACUUUCAGUGACACCUAGUGGUGUGGAUGCAGCAUCAUUCAAAAUCAAUACAUUUCAGUUACAGGUGCCAUUGUAGAAAUUCACUAUUCACAAUCUGCCAUGAUUAAUUUAAUCCAAGAGUGAACGUGUACAAUAACAAAACGGUUACUGAGGUUAAGCGAGUAGUUUUCAGCUGGUCAUGUGAUUCUAAAAUGGCCCCCACAAGGGCACUGUUUUUAGAAUAAAACAGCUUUUAUAAGGUUACUAAUAUGACUAGAGUCCUCAUCUCAUGUGAGUGGACAUGAUUUUUUACAUUUCAAAAUUACAAUUCAUUUCUUUAGAAGUAAAACUUUUUUAAUGGGGAAAAAAUUACUGAGUGUACCUUCAAAGCCUAAUCUAACCCUAAAAACAUGCCAUUGAGUUGACUGGGAAAGCUAAUGGAUAUAACGGAAUGCUAAGGAUACAGUGUAAUGAGUAAAUAAAGUGAAAAGUUUGUUGGAAAUGUGUAGCAAUUUGAUCAUGUACAGUUGAAAAUUAUCAUUAAUGACCAGAAUUGUAAAUCAAACAGCUAAUAAUAAUAAUAAUAAAAUAAAUAAAUUGGAAAAAUA